AUGGCAGGUACAGAAGAGAAAAAUGUUGAAAUCAAACUUAAAACAUUUGGUCCUCAGGAAAGUAAUGGUCCUGUUAUCUUGGUGGCAAAUGCAUGUUGUAGUCGAGAUGUGAAGGGAAAUAUUGUAGGGGUAUGCUUUAUUGGCCAUGAUGUUACUGGGCAAAAGUUAAUUAUGGACAAAUAUACCCGAAUCCAAGGAGAUUAUGUUGGAAUCUUGCGGAACACUUGUGCACUUAUUCCUCCGGUGUUUAUGAUGGACGAUAACGGUCGGUGCUUGGAAUGGAACUAUGCAAUGCAGAAUUUGUCUGGUGUCAAGAGGGAAAAAGCCACUGAUAGAAUGCUUCUUGGGGAGGUCUUUACUGUUGAUAAUUUUGGUUGUCGUGUUAAAGAUCAAGAUACAUUAACCAAGCUCAGAAUAUUAAUGAAUGGGGUACUUGCCGGCCAGGAUGCAGAUAAAAUGUUAUUCGGGUUCUUUGAUAAGCAGGGCAAGCAUGUCGAAGCAUUACUUUCUGCAAACAAAAGGACCAAUGCAGAGGGAAGGAUAACAGGGGUUUUGUGCUUUUUGUGUGUUGCUAGUCCAGAACUUCAAUAUGCAAUGCAUGUGCAAAGGAUAUCAGAACAGGCUGCAGCUAAUAGCCUCACAAAAUUAGCUUAUGUUCGUCGUGAAAUUAAAAAUCCUUUAAAUGGCAUAAAGUGUGUUCAGGAUCUAAUGAAAUCUUCUAACUUAAGUGAAGAGCAGAGGCAGCUUUUGAAGAGGAGCACGCUGUGUCAGGAACAAUUAGCUAAGAUUGUUGAUGACAACGAUGUUGAGAGUAUUGAGGAAUGCUUUAUGGAAAUGGUCACUCGUGAAUUUAAUCUUGGGGAAGCUCUGGAAGUGGUUAAAAAUCAAGUUAUGAUCCUGAGUCGUGAGCGUCAGGUGCAGGUCAUAUAUGAUUCACCUGCUGAAGUGUCAUCCAUGUCCUUGUAUGGGGACAACUUGAGGCUUCAGCAAGUCCUUUCAGAUUUCCUGACCAAUGCUCUCCUAUUUACUCCUGCAUUUGAAGGAUCAUCAGUUCUGCUCAGGUUAAAUCCAAGAAAACAACGUAUUGGAACCAAGAUGCAUGUUGUUCAUCUGGAAUUUCGAAUCACACAUCCAGCCCCAGGGAUCCCAGAAGAGUUCAUUCAAGAGAUGUUUCAUCACAGCCAGUGUGUCUCAAGGGAAGGUCUUGGGCUACAUAUGAGCCAGAAGCUUGUCAAGAUCAUGAACGGCACUGUACAAUACCUUAGAGAGGCAGAGAGAUCAUCCUUCAUUAUUCUAAUGGAAUUCCCGCUGGUUCACUAG